GGCGGCGGACCGGGGCGAUCCUUCCGGCGAGGUAGCGGCGGCGCCACCAACCUGAUGUGGGACGUCACGCUGGUGGGGCUGCGCCUGGCGCUGGACGAAGGGGCGAAGCCGCUGGAGUUCAAGCGGCGCAAGGCGGCUGUGCAGGAUGGCUUCCGGCAGCUGCUCAAAGACCGCCAUUGGGCGGUCACGCCGGCGGUUCUGAGCCAGGAGCGCUUGGUAGAGCGGCUUGGCCUGUUUCGAGAGCGCGUGGUGCAGCCGGGUCAAGUGGUCCGCCUGAAUCAACUGCGGCGGUUGCCGCCUGUGAAGUCCCCGCAAGGGCCGCGCACCUUCUCGGCCGCCGUGCGGCGUGAGCUGUUCAAGCGGCAGCCCGCCCCCACCUGCGGCUGGUGCGGCGAGCCCAUAGUCGACGUCACGGACGCCGAGGUGGACCACGUCGUGCCGUACGCCCAAGGCGGUGCAACAACGCUCGACAACGCGCAGCUGCUGCACGCCCUGUGCAACCGGCAGCGCGGCCAGAAGCCCAUGAGCGCAGCACCGGCUGCGGCGGCACAGGCUGCCGGAGGCGGGGCGGCCGGCGAGGGGCGUGAGGAGGCUGCGGCUGCACAGGCUGCGGCUGCAGCAGAGGCUGCGGCGGCAGAGGCUGCGGCGGCACCGGCUGUGGCGGAAAGGACUGCGGCGGCACCGGCCAAGCUGCUACAGCCUGCGGCGGCACAGGCGGCGGCGGAAAGGGCAGCGGCGGCACAGGCGGCGGCACAGGCGGCGGCGGAAAGGGCAGCGGCACAGGCGGCGGCACAGGCGGCGGCGGAAAGGGCAGCGGCACAGGCGGCGGCACAGGCGGCGGCGGAAAGGGCAGCGGCGGCACAGGCGGCGGCACAGGCGGCGGCGGAAAGGGCUGCGGCGGAAAGGGCAGCGGCGGCACAGGCGGCGGCGGAAAGGGCUGCGGCGGCACAUGCUGCGGUGGCAAGGGCUGCGGCGCCACAGGCUGCAGAGCACGAGGCGUCAGAGUUGAGAAAGGAUGAGAUAGUCAAGGGGAUGGUGCUGCGGCAGGAGCUAAAGGGUACGACAUGGGUGCAGUGGGGGCUGCUGGCGGCGGCGGCGGCGGGCGUGGUGCUGGUACUCGUGGCGCGGUAAUGCAGCUUGGGCCUUGCCGGCGGGACGUAGGUGGUGUGCUGCGCCACAUGAGGUGUUACGCGCGUAGACGAAGGAUGCGGUGAACGAGGGUUGAGUGCGUGCGAGCAUGAGUAUGGGCAUGAUUCAACCCCGGCGGUCAGGCUGUGGUCCAUGGGCAUGGUACGGGCGUAUGUGUGUAUCUCGGCAGGCAACCGGCCCGGGUAUGCCUAUGUCUCCUACUUAGCCAGUUUACGUAUUUGAGGGGCCAUAUGAAUGAACAGCAAUCGCUGGCAUCUGCAUUGGAUUGCAAGGAAACGCGGAGGUCUGCUGGUAGGAUGGAACAGUUUGGACGGCGGGACAGUCUUGCGGAAUGCACUUGCUUGGCUUCAUCGACAUACACAUGACCAAGAGCUCACGCCGCCAUGCUUCGCCCAUGAACCAUGGAGGUUUAGAUGGUCGGACAAGGAGGGCGGUUCAUGCCUCUUCCGACCAGAGAUGGUCACUGGACGGACUGCCCCUUCUUGCCCGCAACACUACUCAAUUGCAACGUCGCAUUCACCCGCAUUCGAGCUUGGUUACUCAAAUUGUCCCUCAAUUUUUGGAUGUGCAGACUGUAUGGCUGACUAGGUGACCUCUGACAUACCAGGGCCAGUUGCCUGCCUGGAUACACGCGGGCAUGGACCACAGCCUGACCACUAGGGUUGAAUCAUGCACUAAAUAUUUCGG